AUGUUUCAAAGUGGAUCUAUACUUAAGAGUAUAGGACUUGGUCGUUCCUUCCAACAAUUAAGCAUACGUUCUUUUAGCACUUCAUCACCUAUUUUAGCAGGUCGUCCAGCACCAUUAAGAAAAUCAUUACGUUAUCUCAGAGCUAAUAGACGUAAAGAAACCAAUAUUUUAAAACAAAGAAAAUUAGAAGCUAAAAAGAAUGAAUUAGAUCCAGUAUUGGGUAAGAAAAAUAAUGCAUUUUUGACAAGAUUAGAAGCUGAAGUUCAAGAACCAAAUGUUUUAACUAGAGGUUAUGAAAAAUCUGAAGUUGAAAAAUUAUUAUAUGGUGCUCAAGAAGCUUCAAUUAAAGAAUCAUUUGCAAGUGAUAGUGUUAGACAAAGUGCUAUUAAACAAAGAGAAGCAGUUUUCAGAAUUUUAAAUAUGAGAAAUAGAUCAUCUGCUGAAAGUUUAAAAUUUAAAACAGAUUUAGCUAGAAAAGAAUUUCAAAGAUUUGAUGGUGAUACUGGUUCAUCAGAAGUUCAAGCUGCAAUUGCUACAGUUAAAAUCCAUCAUUUAUUCAAACAUGUUGUUGAAAAUUUCAAAGAUUUUAAAAAUAUAAGAUAUAUGAGAAUGCUUGUACAACAAAGACAAAAAAUUUUAAGAUAUUUGAAAAAAGAUGAUCCAGAAAAAUAUUAUUGGACUUUAAACAAAUUAGGAUUAAAUGAUCAUGUUGUUCAUAUGGAAUUCAAUAUGGACAAGAGAUAUAUGCAAGAAUUCAAAUGGUUUGGUGAUAAAGUUCUUGUUAGAGAUUCUCAAAAACAAAAAGAAAUUAAACGUAAAGAAAAACGUCUUGAAAAGAAAGCUAUUAGACAAAUGCGUGCUGCUAAACAAGAUCCAACUGCUCGUAGAUUUUAA